ACAUGAUACAGCCUUUUUGGCGCGCUUUUAGAACCGCUCGCUCUUCCGUUGCCAUAGGAGACGCUGCUGGACCUGCCUCUUGUCCAGAACGAAGCCGGGCCACCCACGAUGCGGAGCCGCGAAGAGGUAGAGGCCACGUUGCAGGUCGCCAAGCUAGACCCAGUAGAGCUGCUGCCCGCUGUGCAGUGCCUCAGCUUCAGCGCUCAGGCCGACGCCGCAGACUGCUGCCUGCUACAGCUGGAGCCGGACCUUUGCGCCGCGCUAGAGGCGGGGGGAAGCCUUGUGAUCCGUGGAGACAGAGAUGAGCAUGCUGUACUCUGCAGUCAAGACAAAACCUAUGACCUGAAAAUAGCAGAUACCUCUAACACUUUGCUUUUCAUACCUGGCUGUGUAACUCCAGAGAAGCUUCGUGCAAACAAACCUUCCGCUAAUGUUAUUCAUACCCAGAUUGCAGGCUUUUCGAAUAAUUACUGGGAACUAAGACGAUGCCGACCUAAACUAAAGAAGCUCAAGAAACUUCUCAUGGAAAAUCCUUAUGAAGGACCAGACAGUGGGAAAGAGAGAACUAUGAAUGAGUUGAAGUACACAACAGAAGACUUGCUAGAUCAGAUUCAAGCAAGCAAAGAAGAAAUAAUGCAUCAGCUGCAGGUUCUGAAAGCCUGCCAGAUUGAAGGUUAUUGGAGGAUUCUAGACUUUGAUUAUGAGAUGAAGCUGUUGAAUCAUGUGACCCAGCUGAUCUAUACGGAGUCCUGGUCAUUCAGCAAGGUUCCUUUAAGCAUCUGCCUUCAAGAGCUUGAACCCUUGGAGCCUAAGGAAAUGAUAGAACACAUUCUUGUGAGUUAUGGAAAGAAAUACAACAAUGAAGGUGAAACUUUCUUUGAAAUGAAUGAAGAGAAGAUAUGCAGAGCCACAGCGCAAAUGCUCUUGCAAAACGCAGUUAAAUUCAGUCUCUCAGAAUUCCAAGAAGUGUGGCAGCAAAGUGUUCCCGAAGGAAUGACAACUCGGCUGGACCAGUUAAAGGGUUUGGCUCUUGUAGAUCGGUCCUCUAGACCAGAGACCAUCUUCUUGCUAAAUGUCGAAGACUUGCCAGAAGAAAACCAGGAACGGUUUAGCAGCUUAUUCCACAUUAGGGAAAAGUGGACAGAAGCUGAUAUAGCUCCAUAUAUACAAGACUUGUGUUCGGAGAAGCAAACGACCGGUGCUUUGCUGACAAAAUAUGCUCGUUCUUCAAUGCAGAAUGGAGUCAAAGUGUAUAAUUCUAGAAGACCCUUUUUGUAAGAAGAAACUGACUUAAGAGCUGGAGAUACUUUAUAGAUUAAGUGGUGGCUCAGAUUUGUGGUGAGAUUGCUGGGCUUUUACAGCAUCACCAAUUUCUAUAUCGUGGUUAAAUUUCCAGGGACGAGCUGUAAAGUAUGUAACAAUACUAACAUGCAUUGGGAUUCUUUAAUAAAAUUGUGCAGAUAGCGCUGA